UUCCCCCGGCGUGCGUUGGGCCCUUGGGGAUCGGGCUGCAUUGUGAGAUAUUGGUGGGAGUGAAUGGGGUUUUGGAUAUUAAAUCAUAUGGAACUACUCUGCCGUAUUAACUAGACGAAGCAUUCGUGCAGCUGCCAGCUACAACGAUGGAUAGCGCUACCAAGGCAAAGAAGAAAUCCAAGUCCCUGGCAGAUGUUCAGCAUGAGGGAAACUUCAAGUUGGAGCCUUCCUCAGAGCCAGCUAAAUUGGACUCAUCUCAAUGGCCACUUCUACUGAAGAAUUUUGACAAGCUGAACGUGCGCACCAACCACUACACACCGCUGCCGGAGGGCCACUCGCCGCUGCUGCGUCCGCUGGCCGAGCACCUGAAGGCUGGCUUCAUCAACCUGGACAAGCCGUCCAACCCGAGCUCGCACGAGGUGGUGGCCUGGGUGAAGCGCAUCCUGCGCGUCCAGAAGACGGGACACUCGGGCACGCUGGACCCCAAGGUCACGGGCUGCCUGAUUGUGUGCAUCGAGCGCGCCACGCGACUCGUCAAGUCGCAACAGAGCGCCGGCAAGGAGUACGUCUGUAUCUUCCGGCUGCACUCAGUGGUCGACAAUGUACAAAAGGUGAAACAGUGCCUGGAGCGUCUGAAGGGCGCGCUUUUCCAGCGGCCACCGCUCAUAUCGGCCGUCAAGCGGCAGCUGCGCGUGCGCACCGUCUACGACAGCAAGCUGGUCGAGUACGACGCGGAGAACCAAAUGGGCAUCUUCUGGGUGUCGUGCGAGGCAGGCACGUACAUCCGCACCAUGUGCGUCCACCUGGGCCUGUACCUGGGCGUCGGCGGCCAGAUGCAGGAGCUGCGCCGCGUCCGGUCAGGCAUCCAGAGCGAGAAGGCCGGUAUGUACACGAUGCACGACGUGCUGGACGCCCAGUGGCUGUACGACAACCACAAGGAUGAGUCGUACCUGCGCCGCGUCGUGCAGCCCAUGGAGGCGCUGCUCACCUCUCACAAGCGCAUCAUCAUGAAGGACAGCGCGGUGAACGCGGUCUGCUACGGCGCCAAGGUGAUGCUGCCGGGCGUGCUCCGCUACGAGGACGGCAUCGACGUCAACGAGCAGAUCGUCAUCGUCACCACCAAGGGCGAGGCGGUCGCGCUCGCGAUCGCGCUGAUGACCACGGCCACCAUGGCGUCCUGCGACCAUGGCGUUUGCGCCAAGCUGAAGCGGGUCAUCAUGGAGCGAGACACGUACCCCCGCAAGUGGGGACUGGGACCCAAGGCAACAAUGAAGAAAGAGAUGAUUAAGAAGGGCCUGCUGGACAAACACGGCAAGCCCAACGAGCAGACGCCUAAGGAGUGGAACGCCAGCUACGAGGACUACAACGUGAAGAGCGAGCCUGCCGGCGACGGGCACGCGGAGCAGCCUGCGCCCAAGAAGAAGAGGAAGUUCUCCGAGUCCAGCGCGGACCUGUCAGCCGUGAAAACGGAGCCGUCCGACCCUGAGGAUCAGGAAGGCAGAAAGGAGAAGAAGAAGAAGAAGAAACACAAGAGGGACCAGGAGGAAGAGGACGUGAACGGCGCACCGGUCGAGGAAUCUGGCGAGAAAAAGAAAAAGAAGAAGAAGAAGGACAAAAAGUCCGAAGAAGACUGAGAAGAAAGAAUCGUUUCAGCUCGUAAAGCUGGUGACAUGUACAUUUUGCGAGCGGUGCUGAACGGCGUGUAAAGAACUGUUUUUGGGACGACUAUUUUAGCCGUUUUAAGACGAGUAUUUUUGGUGCCGCAAUGACCAGGGGAGUGCCUCUGCCGGCGCUGGUCGGGAAGAUUUCACUGCCGUCUCGCCGGGGCGAUGACUGGGUGAAAGGAGAGCGUGUGAUUGUUGCGCCAUCGCCAUCUUGCGAGAACAACAUCAUUACCAUGCUGA